AUGCAUCCUUGCACAUUUAAAAAAUUAUUUAGUCUAGUUGGACCAGCAUUAGCAAAAACAUAUUGUGUUCGUGAACCAAUUUCGCCAGAAGAAAGACUUGCUAUUACUUUAAGAUACCUUGCUAGUGGAGACAGUAUGAUGUCCAUUUCAUAUGCAUUUAGGGUUGCUCACAAUACAGUUUCCAAAAUUAUAAAGGAAGCAUGCGAUGCAAUUUGGGAUUGUUUAAACCAAGACCAGCUGCUAACACCAAGUGAAGAAGCUUGGUUAAAUAUCGCUGAAGGUUUUGAAGAAAGAUGGCAACUGGCCUCAUUGUGUUGGAGCAAUUGAUGGGAAGCAUGUAGU